GGCCGCGACCCCACGGACCACAUUUAUUAAAAGCUACAUGACUCGUUACGACCGCAUUAGGUGACACCGGUUUGACCAGAUAUAAACAAAUCAUGACUACAGAAGACACCAAACCACAUAAAACAAAAAGAAUACAAAUCAUUUCGCAUCCACGCCUUCACCUUCUCCACUCCUCCCCUCGCUCUCCCUCUCUCUCGUUAUUCUCAUUCUCUGGUCAGAUCUCAACCCAAAAGACAUCCAUCGUAUCGGAGGCAGAGUAGUAGUGUUGAUGGUGGUGAAGAGACGGCCUUCGCUCCUCUUCCACUACCUCUUCGUCCUCCUCCUAAUGGCCGUCAUUUCCUUCCUCACCGCCGCCGCCGCCGACACCACCGACAGCCACCUCCGCCGUCGCGACCCAGCCAAGAAUAAGAAGAAGAAGAGGACGCCACCACCUCCCCCUUCCAGAUCUCUCCCUCCGCCGUCCUCCUCCUCCUCGUGGGAGCAGUUCAAGAGCCUGCUCAGCUGCCGCUUCGCGGUGGCGCAGGUCCACGAUCCGGCGUCGCGGCUCGGCCGCGCCGUCUGCGGGUCGUCCAUCUGCGCCAUCCGCGACGUCGUGCACGGCAACACCCGCGUCGUCCACCGCUCCGAUACCGACCUCUCCUCCGACGCGAGUUCCAUCACACAGAACGAGACCGCGCCGCUAGCGCGCUCAGCCCGCCACCGCCCGGCGCCUCCGGCGGCGUCGCUUGGCUGUCGCGGAGGCGGAUACUAUUCCCCGCUCCCCAAGCUCUCCGGCUGCUACGAGUGCCACGCCGUCUCCGUCGACUCAUCUUCUAGAGGGUAUCCAAGGCCGAGAACGAUGCUGUGUGCUUGCGCCGAGUGCGGCGAGGUGUUCACGAAGCCUGAAACCCUAGAAUUGCAUGAAAUCACAAGACAUGGAGUGUCGGAGCUGGGGCCCGACGAUUCGGGACGCAACAUCGUGGAGAUAAUCUUUAAGUCCAGCUGGCUCAAAAGGGACCGUCCGAUCUCUAAGAUCGAGCGCAUCCUCAAGGUCCGUAACACGGCCCGGACCGUCGCGCGCUUUGAGGACUACCGCGCGGCCGUCAAAUCCCGCGCCCUCCCGCACUCCGCCGCCAGCGGCGCCACUCGUCACAACCACCCCUCUCGCUGCGCCGCCGAUGGCAACGAGCUCCUCCGCUUCCACUGCACCUCCCUCUCCUGCCCCCUUGGCGCCCGUGGCUCCACCUCGCUCUGCCCCAAUGCCGGCGACACCGCUUCCUCCGCCGUGGCCUGCGGCGUCUGCGCCAUCAUCCGCCACGGCUUCGCGCGGGCGAACCGCCCGCAUGACGUGCGUACGACCGCCAGCAGCGGGCGCGCGCACGACUGCGGCCACGCCUCCGGCGCCGCGGACGACCGGCUGCGGGCCAUGCUCGUGUGCCGCGUCAUCGCCGGGCGAGUGAGGCGCCAGGGCGACGACCCGGCGGCGGAGGACGCUUACGACUCGGUGGCCGUUCCCGACGGAUCCGGCGCGUACGGCAACCUGGAGGAGCUGCUGGUGGCCAACCCGAGGGCCAUCCUCCCCUGCUUCGUCGUCAUCUAUCGGGCCCUCGAUCGAGACUAUCCAUCCACAGUAAAAGAAAAUAGCAAGUAAAUUACUAAAUGUCACAAAUAUCUUUAUUUAAUGUUGGCAUCAAAUGCAACGGUGACCGAAGGGAAGGCUAUAGAAAAAUUAAAAGAGUAGCCCACCCUCUCAGUCUCCAAAGUCCAAAGUCUUCAUCGUGACUAAUUAAUAGACUAAAAUUAUGUGUAUUAUUGGGUGAGUAAGAUCGAGAUAUAUUUUAAUAGAAGUAGCUGAUGCAA